AACACACUCUAAACUGUCUCACGGUAUGUUAUUUUAAGAUACGGUUGAUCACACCGUUUGGGUGAAGAAAUUACAUGAUUGCCAUGUAUAAACAAACAUACAUUAAAAUCUAUGCUUUAUUUAGUGUAACAUAUAAAUUAUCAUUUAUUUUAAAUAAAUACAUUUAUGGAUGUGACAUAUUAUUGUAUUCAAGAAAUAUAGUGGUGUUAGCCUACAGUCUGGUAUUGCAAUAGCAAACGGGUGUUAACCUGCUGUCUGGAUAGAAUCUUAUCGGACAGUUUUUAGUUAGUACAUUAACAUCAAUUAGCAGCCAUUUUGUAUUAACAAAAAGAUAAGAAAAAGAAAUUGUUAAAAACACAGAGAUAACGGGUUAAUGUUUUGUUGUACUUGCAAGUGUCUCAUCUGCUCAUUGCUGAUCGACGAAAUUCAACAUUUAAGUAACGCUGAAAUACUGACUAUAUAUUGUUUAAAAGAUGUGUAUGUUGGUAUUAGGUACAUCUCAUAUCAACAGACUUCAAAAUUAUUUAGUUUGACAACACAAUGCAAAUAAUUUAUUUAAUCUGAACAAUUAUCCGCCGAUUAAUUUGCAUGGAAUAUCGGGUGGAUGUGUCAACAACUGAGUCCAUGUUACUCGCUGGGAAAGGAGCAUUGCUACAUUCAGGCCAAAAGUGUUGGUGUUACAUUUUGGAGGAAACAAUUUAGAUUCACGAAGAGAUGUCUGUGAUAAAUUUCGCUGAAGGUAGUGAAUUUGGCAAUCACAUGGCAUGCACGAUAUAAUGUUCAAUUUGUGGUGAUCCUUGUCACAUCUCUUCGAUCGAUUAUUUAACACGUACUUUGGUCCAAGUAAACAAGAUGUUAAAAGACGAAUGUCGUCACUGUGACAUUUUGUACUGGAAGAUAUCUGGGGUGAAAUAUCCAACUCAGCCUAUUUUCUGUGAUGGUGUACAUUUUAAUGAUGACGGAAUGCUGCGUUACUACCGUAGUUUACGUGGUGCAAUUAUCUACGCUAGUAAAUAAUUGAUGUAAACAUAGUGAAAUGUUAUUGUGUGAAUAGCAUCAACUUUGUGAUAUGUGACUGAUGUUUUUGUUUUUAGAACUAUUGAGUCUACAUGUACAUCCUUGUUUAAUUAUGUUAACAUGCUCAAAUGGUUCAAAUAACAUAGAUUUUUUACAAUUACAACAUGCUAUAAAACUUUCAUCACAAAUGCAUGUUUUUCUUACAUGCUGAGAAUCAUGUUGACAGUUAAUGAGUUAUCUGUUUAUUUUGUUUUAGAAUUUAUUAAGUUAUGAUUUAAAUAUGUUAGUGUUUUGGCGUUAGUAUUUUUAUUUAUUCAUGCAUUUAUUGGUUUAUUUAACAACUGAAAUAUGUUAGUAUUUCAGUGUUAGUAUUUUAUGUUAUUCAUGCAUUUCUUUGGUUUAAUUAAUAACAAAUGAAAUAACAACUUUGCCAGUGUGAGCCAUCUUUAAGUUUUGCGGAACUUCAUGCUAGUACAUACACUGAAUCUAUUUGUAUGGGAUUGAGUGAUCGUCUAUCAUAACGGCCCUUUCUUUCCACUAAGCAAAUUUUUUUAUUUGCAGCUAUCACCUGGAAACAUGAGGCUGUUUUACUUCUUAUUUCUUUGUAUGGUGAAAACAAAGAGAAAUUCACAAUGUUACAAACAGAAAGAUGUCUGGAAAAUUAUUUCUGCAAAUAUGUUAAGACAUAGGGGAGUUAAUUCGGGAAAAAAAUCAACAGUUUUUACAUUUGUAUUUCUAAAGAGAAAGAUUCUUUUAGGAAAAUUAAUCUUUUUUAGCAAUUGGAACAGUGUAAUUAAGGAAGAUAUCACUGUAAUAUAUUUCAUAGCUAGAUAAAAUCUUUUAUGUCAUUGUGGCUACUUUUCUUUUCUUAAACACAAGUUAUCAGUUCGGUAAUUAAACACCACUUUUGCUUUUCUGUUAAUUUAUUAUGUAGUUUAAUAGCCAAUCAGAAAGUGUUCUUCUUACACAUGAUCAUUAUCCACCAAUCAACGUCCAGCUUCCUCAUAACAAAGAAAUUGUUCAGAAUGUUCUUGCUUGUUUCAUAUUGCUAGACAUAUUCCUGCUUAAUAUGAGAAAUUUUUCAUUUGUUUUCCAUUUGGAUGUAUACGGUAAACGUUUACACAGUUACUACUGUUUUAAAUUAACUUGGGAUCACUGCAUCACGGAUAUGAUAAAGUUCUUAAUUUUGGUGCUUUGCGGCCUGGUUACGUAAAAUUUUGGAAACAAAAUGUCGUCAACUAUACAGAUUAUUUGACAUUCAUUUGUGACUUGUUUCAAGUGAUUCAUUAGAGACAAAGCUAGUUUCAAAUUUAAUUUGAAUAAAUGUCAUGUUACCCUCUUAUCCAAUCCAAUAUUCCUGCUAUUCGGGGGCACAUGUACACACUCUACAGGACAAUUUAACGGACGUUGCAGAUUUUUAUCCCGAUAUAGCAGUGAUAAUUAUAGGCACAAACGAUCUUUAUUCAGUGGACACAGAUCUGAUUUCUGUAACAAUGAACAUAGUGGAUCUGGUUGAUAGGUUGCUUUUCAUGGAAAAUGUGCAAAUUGAACAAGCCUUUGUUAUUGCAAUUUUCUUCUUCAGUACAGGUCAAGGCUUGGAUGUUCAAUUUUAGUUUGACAAAGUUUUGAUAAUUUUUGUCGAACAAUUAAUCUUUUACACUCUGUUAAACAUAUGAUGGGUUUCAUUUAUGCUAUAUUCAUGUUUUUCAGAUGAAUCAACAUAAGCGCUCCGCUACAGUGAGUGCUUGUACUAUGCCUUGUUGCAUGCCUCAAACAACAGCAAUGAAGAAAGCAAAGAAGGGGAAAACACACCAAACAAAACUUGGUAAAUCAAACCGGAGCCUUGAUAAUGGUGGUAUUAAAGAAUCUUCUGCUCAAAAGAAAAUAUCAUCAGGAUAAACAAUUCCAACUACAUCCCUCUCUCACAAGCCAAGCACAACACACAUUGAUGUGGAAGAAAGUUCGGAAAGUGAAAUUGACUCAGUUUCAAACCAGAGUCCAGCUGCGAUUGCUUCAUUGGAUUCGGAGAGUGAUUACAUGAAUCCAAUGGCAGAUGUAACAAACAAUCACUCCUGCUUGGUGACAGGUACACACAGCGUUAGGUUUUUGGAACCAGUCUGAACACCAAUUUCUUAUUCUGUUCCUAAGUCAAUUGCCAAAAAGAUCAAACACAAGAAAUUUAUAGACUUUGCACAUCUCCUACCUCAGACAACAGGUUACCAAACUCCCAGUUUUGCACUUACUUAUAAUAAACUCUAAAGAUCAACUAAGUUUAGCGCCCUCCAAUAAAUCGAAGAAAAUCUAUAACAUUGAUACAUGGACUACUGCCUUUUUAAGGUUUGUAGCAAUCUACUCUGGUUACUACCCAUACGAAACUCCUCAACUAAUGAAAUAUGGGGAAAUAGUUAGGGAUCUAGCACAUCGUCGUCAAGGCAUGGCCUGGUCGUUCUAAGACAGCCAAUUUCAGAUGUCCAGGGAUCAUGCCAUUAUCCCCUUGGAUACAUUACACACAGGAUUCUGGGUUAUGGCUACUACUCAACCAACCAGAUAAAGAUCACCAACAACAACGAGAAGAGUGGGAGAGGAAGAAGUACAUGUAGUACUAUGAUGCAAUGGAAGAACUUCUGGCUGGGGAUCCAGCAAUUAGACCAAUAAAAGUUGUUGUGUCUAGUACUGCAACACCUGCUGCAGAGUCCACAUCAACAGGUUUGUUUUGAUAACUUUAUUUGCCCAACAACUAUGAGUCCAAGAAAUCUUCAUGCAUUAUUCUAACAUGUCUGCAUCACUGUGUUACAUACUAUUAAACAAAGAGGGCCUGUCAACACUUCGUUAUUCAAUACAUAAUAUAUCACAGUUGGUGCUAGUAGUGAUACAUAUGGCCGCUACCAUUUAACUGUGUGUAAAAUAAUGAAUGAAAGUCCAUGUACAUGUAGCGGUGCGGAAAUUUAGUGGUGUAUUCUGACUAUUUGGUGGUGUUCCACCGUAUCACAAAAAUAUAUAUAAACAGCUGAUCUUACGUAGCGCUUCAUUCUCUUUCCGGUUAGGCUGUCAGAUAGAUCUAUGGUAGGUAGGAAUUUUGUAUUCAUAUCUAGCCAUCCUUCUAAAAAGUCAAAUGUAUUUAGUUUGAUUUUGGUUGAGUAUUUGGUCUCACGUUAUUAUUUUAAUUGUAUUGAGAUUAUUUACAUCGAUAUUAGGGCUGUUAGAAUAACUACUGUUACUCUGUCUAAUUUGCAUGUACACUUUUAUUUUUCACAAUAUAGGAAUGAGAGAGAGACGCACAUGCCAAGAUUAUAAUGUUAUAUGUCGAUAGGAGCUUAUCCUUUGUAAGUGUUGACUUGAAUUAUUAUUAUUUAUUAAACUAAACUUUGUAACAUAUUUGUUUAGAAUUAAUAAGUUGACAAGAUGCUGUUUCAGCUAUCUAUUGAUAUUGUUUGAACCAUUGAUAUUGUUUGAACCAUUGAUAUUGUUUGAACCAUUGUGUGAACUGUUGAAAAUGAGAAAUGUUGUAAUGCUGUAUUAAUAAUUAUUUUUGUAAUGAGUUGAUGCUUUUUAUUAAUAAAUUCUUCUUGGUUUCGGCACGUUUUUAUAGACUAGGUCAUAAAGAAUUGAAAGAAAGCUAUUACACGUCAAAUUUAUAUGUAGAAAAGAAAACUGUAUAAAUCAAGAUGAAGCUGAAACCAUUGUAGUUGUUAUUCAUCCAUCCGUAUCCAUCUCACACAAGAAACCCCCCUGUAACAUACAUAAGUGUAGUACAUAAAUGAUGUCAAUCUGUGAAAUAUCUGUUGCACAUAAGAAUCGACACAUAUUCCUGUUGACGCUAUCUUAAAUGUCAGGGGCAGUAAUCACUGGAUGGUUGUUCAAGAAAUAAAUUCAAUGUAGGCUAGAUAUAGAUUUAUUACAAUGAACCAUUUAAAAUGUUCUUGAUAUAUGAAGGAGUACUUUGGAUAUCAUUCAGGUGAUUAGGUUUAAUCGAUCAUUCUUAUGCCUAGUGAGUAAAUUCCUACAGAAUGAUUAAUUUGUCCAUAUAGUCACUGGUAGAAAACAAGUGAGUUGUGUAUCUUUCACAUUUGACAUUAUUGUUGAACUUGGUUUCAGCAUAUAAUAACAGUACAUGAUGCCAGAGUAUAUAGGAAUAGCCAAUUUCUGAGGUAAUAGAAAGGCUAGGGGAAAAUUAUCAUGUUCUUGUUGAUUCAUGUAUAUCCCCUUUCAGUCAGUAUGCUGGUGCCUUAUCGAGAUUAUAAAUAGACAUUUGGACAUAGUUCAAAAGAAAUUUAAGAAAGUGCAUUCCUCUACAAGAGUAGAUGUGGAAAGACCCAUUGGAUUAUUAAAAUGCAAGUUCAGAAGAUUAAAGUCUUUAGACAUGCAUCUGCAGGAAGAAAUUCCUGAAGUUAUCACAGCUUGCUGUGUAGUUCAUAACGUGAUUUUAGAUUGUGAAUGGUAGAAGAGGAGAUUUCGUUAGAUGAUGCAGUAGAUAAUAGUUCAUCAGAUCAAGACAAUCAAAUAAGACAAACAAGUAGCCAUGGGGAAACAAAACAGAGAAAGAUAGGCAACUUGUUGUAGACAUUUGUAGAAAAUACUUGAAGGAUCAUUUUAAAUAUAAAAAAAUUUACAUAUAAACUUAACAGAUAUAGGCAACUCAAUAGUCACUUAUUUAAUUAAAGCAGCUUAUGUAUAAGAGUUAUCAUAAUUAAUUGUAGUUGUUUAUAACGUGUUAUCAAUAUAAUAUAUUUUUAAAUAAAAGCAGACAAGUUAACGCAUACGUAUUUCAUAGUAGCUUGGGUGGAAGUUUAAUAAAAUAUUAUGUUAUAUUUACAAUGCUUUAUUACUAUGUAAUACCUCCAAAGUUGACAAAACAAUUAAAUUAUGAAAUUGAUCAUUAUUCUUUACCUGCUCAACUGUUUUCUACAUGUUUUAAUGACAUUAAAACUUGCAUUUUAAAAUUUUCAAGAUGAUUUUCCUUCAACCCUUUAAAACUAUAAUCUUAUAGCGCUUUCAGAACCCCUUUCAAUAUCCCCAGACUUUUUCCAAUUUUACCAAUGAGUUUGUCUAGAAAAUCGCAUGCAUUUUUAGUGUAGCUAGUGAUGACAACGAUAUUUUCGAAUCAUUUCUAGAUGACAACGAUAUGGUUCCAUAUUAUUAGUUGUUGGUGUGAGUUGCCUCCCUUUAGAAACGUGCUUCGUUUUUUGGCACUGUUUUCUUGCCAUCAUAUUUCGUAAAUCCAUAGGAGCGUUAUAGAGCCCAAAAGAGUUCGACGGAGACGUCGGAGAUCUUGAACGCAAAAUAAAAUCUCAACGAACAAACGUCUUCUGUCUACUCUAGGGCCCAAACAAGCCACAUUUACAGUCGAACUCUUGGUCAACUCAACGUUUGGAUGUUGACAAUGAUGGUCGUCACCAUGCAAAGACAGCGAUAACGAUAGUCUUUACGAAAUUAUCAGAUUAUUCAAUGAGUAACAGUAAACUGUUGAAGUCAAUUGAACUCUUGAGUAGUUCAUCCAAACCAGAUUCUUUAACUUGGAAACCUGUGGUACUUGCUGAUAGCAAAGGCAAAUAUAUUGAAAGUUCAGUUCAAAGGUCAUCAAGGCCAGAAAAUCUAAUUUUAUGGGUUUGUAAAGCUGGUUGGAAAUCAUCUGAUGUUGCUAAAUGGAUUGAACAAAAUCUUGAAACUCUAUUAAAAACUCACCAAUUUAUUAGUUUGUAUGUGUGGAUCGGCACCUGCGAUUUGACAGUAAAAGGUAAAAAAUAUAUCCAACUGCGACGUAAUUCUACAGAAGCAUUAGAACAAAAUUUACAAAAAAUUAAGAACCUCAUCACAAACUCUAAUGUAAAACUAACAUUUUUUCAUAUCCCGUAUUAUUCCAUUCGACUCUGGAACGAAACAAAAGGACAUGAAAAUCCUUCAUCUUAUAAAGAGAGCGAUGACCAACUUACAUCACUCAUCGACACUGCAAAUGGUUUUAUAGAUAAAUUGAAUUUGGAACAGAAUACUUCAUCUCCCAAGUUCAACGAAGACUUACGAAGAAGCCGGAAGUCAAAGGGACGAAAGGCUCGUUACUCUACAAAUUACAGUCUACUUCUUGAUGGAAUUCAUCCAAAGAAAACUUUGGCAACACUUUGGCUAUUGUCAAUGAAGAAGAAAAUAUUCAAAGACUGUGCUUAAAUGAUUAUAUGACUUUUGAUGUAGGCAGGGAAUGUCCAGCCACAUCACUGCAAAAAAAACAAUUGUAUCUGUAUUUGUAUCAACAUAUUGCUUGCGUUGUUUGCAAUUUGAUCGAGUCUCAUAAUAUUAUGAAAUCUUAGGUUGACUUUGAUGUAGGCAGGGAAUGCCCAGUCGCAUCACAUUGAAUUAGCUUCACAUUGAAUGCCUUUCAAUAGUAGUGUGUACUAAUUUUUUAUUUUUUUUAUGUAUAACUUAGUAGGUGAAAGUAUCUUAACAUACGUUUAAGGAUUAAAUUUUAGGUAACUUAAAUUCAUUUAAGUAAGCUACAAUCUUUUAGGUUUUUUUUUCUUUUCUUUUUUCACCUGAUGCAUUUCUUACUGUUUUUAGCCUUUUUAGGUCAUCCGCAGUUUUAUUACAUAAAAGGGCGACAACUUUAACAUUUAAGAAAUUGCCUUUGUACAUCAUGAAAUAGUUAAAUAACUUGAAAUCAAUUGUACAUAUACAUGCAACUGUACUGUUAGUUCUAAAGGAGCUCUCAGUACCUUGUGAUCAUUUUUUGUUCGUUACCUUUGUAUCGUUUCUUACACUCCUCCCUAAGAUAGGCAAAAUGGAUGAAUGUUCGGGGAAUGAUAAGGUGGAAGAGUCUAUUGAGAUUUCUGAAAAACGUGACAGAAUUCCUACUGAGAAGGGUCUUGCGUGGAAAACUGAUAUUUACGUACGCGACAUUAGGUCUUUGAUAUCACGCUGGCAUCGUUGUUCUCAACAGUUAAAUAUACAUUUAUCAGACACAGAAGAUUCAAAACUCAUAGUAAAGGAACGCGACAAUUUAGUCAAUAUAAUGAAUGAGUUAAGCAAUAAGUAUACAGAAUUAAGUGAGUUACCACAAUGUGAUGAGUUAGAUAAUAUUAGGCUAAGAUAUGAGUCAAUUGAGGCGGACCAUAGUAAGCUUUUGGCCAAUACCUCUGAAAUUCUUCGUGAGUUGAAGGUGGCAAGUGUGGAAUUUCGUUCUUGUUCUUCUUCUAAUUCAAAACAUUCACACAAAAGCAAAGGUUCUGAAAGUUCUUCACACCACUCAUUACUAUCAAACAAAUCUUACCUUGCAGCUAAAACUGCUGAGUUAAAGGUCAAACUCAAAUACCUUGAUGUUGAAUCCAAAGCCAAGUUGGAAUUUGAUCGUGUUAAAGCCUUGAAGGGGUUGGAACUAGCCCAGGCAAAUAUGGAGGCUAUAGACGCUGACGUCAUUGAUUUUGAGGAGCCAUCCCGGUCUGAAGCAAAACCAACAUUGCCUUCAGUCGACCGAGACAGUUAUACGAAAGACUACGUUCUCGCACACACUGCUGUUAAAGAUGAAAGACUUGAAUCAUCUCAAACCAAUCAUCCUAUUGAACCUUCCAUUAAGGUAGAAAAUCAGGACCAGCCAGUCUUAGGUCUUCCUCGCAGACUUUCUAAUUCUACUAUCUCUAGUUCAAAUCUGAAUCCUUCUGUAAGUGAAUUCUAUCCCAAACCUGUACAUACACAUUGUGAGGGACCAGCAUUUUCAACUUCCUGUACCACGUCUCAUCCUACAGGCCCAUUUUGUUCUCACAGAGAAACUUACUCUUCACAAGGUUUACCAGUUAAUGCACCGGUGCCUAGUUUUAACGCUGAACAAGGAAUCAUUGAGCUUGCUAAAUCGCUUGCCGAACAAGUUAGUCUAACUAGGUUGCCUCCCCCUGAACCCACAGUAUAAUAUUAGUAUUAUUAUAAUUAGUAUGAAUUAAUUUUAGUUUGAUUAUGUAAGUCUUGUGUACAAGACUUCGUCCGUGACUUCUGGUGAGAUUCAACAUGGCAGUGUCCAGUUCGCAGAAAAUACAGAUUUUUGGACACUCUUUCGUACGGCGUUGUAACGAUUUAUUAUGGACUCAGAAUCACACUACUUUCAUCUUAAUUUGGAUGGGUCUCCCCUUAUACACUUAACGGCUUUUCUAACUCCACAUUUUCAUCUUUUAUUAUCUUUUUUAUUAAGAGUAUUAAUUUGAUCAAUUUUUGUCUACCGUCAUUAAACGGGUUGAUAAUAUUUUGGCAUGUAUAAAAUUGAGCGUAAACCAGUUCAAACUAUCUGUUACGAGAUGCACGUGCAUUCCGUGCAUUUUGUAUCUUGUCAUUUAUACAAAAAUUGUACACCUACAAAAUUGAUAA